AUGUUCAAUGUAUGUGCCAUUGCUGCUAGCUCCGCAGAGAACGGAUUUUUCUCUGAUCUUGCGCCCAAUGUCCCGGAAAAGGUUUUCAGUUUCAGUUUUCGAUAUCGAGGUAGUUGCUUCUUGAUCGCUACCCCAAAUCAUACGAGCCCGUUUCGUGCCGAGCUGCUGACCGCGACUUGCAUUGAUCCGCCGGGUACAAUCUGUGAGCCUGGCAUUGCUUCAACAUCGGUCUGCAUGCGUGUCUCCUAUGGUGCUAAUGGUAAACGGAUUGAUGGUUUCCAGUGUCUCCAUCUCGAUGCUUUUUAG